UCACCUAUGUAAGCACAGUACAAAUAGCCAAGCAGUGAGCACCUCUGCACUGAACCCCCAGCUGCUGCCCUUCCCUCUGCUCCUGAAGUCCCAAUGAGAAUAUGAUGCAGAGGCUUCUUCUGGGUACCCUGCUCCUCUCCAUCCUCUCAGUGAGUGUGACACAAAGAGAUCUGAGAGGGAAGGUGCUUAUUUUCCCUCAAGAGUCAGCCACUGCCUAUGUGUCCCUGAUACCCUCAGUGAAGAAGCCCCUGCAGAACUUCACGCUGUGUCUGAAGUCCUUCACAGAUCUCAAUCGUGCCUACAGCCUCUUCUCCUACAGCACCCGCUCCCGGGACAAUGAGUUGCUUCUUUUUAUUGAAAAGACGGGUGAAUACCAGCUGAGCAUUGGGAAUGCUGGGGUCAAUUUCAAGGUGCCUCCAUUGCCUUACAACCCCAGGCACAUCUGUGUGAGCUGGGAGUCUGCCUCUGGGAUUGCUGAAUUCUGGAUAGACGGGAAGCCCUUGGGAAGGAAGGGUGUCAGGAAGGGAUAUACUGUGGGGGCUGAGGCAAAAAUCAUUCUGGGACAAGAGCAAGAUUCAUUUGGGGGAAAUUUUGAUGCCAAACAAUCCUUUGUUGGGGAGAUAUGGGAUGUGUCUUUGUGGGACUACGUGCUCCCUCUAAAAGACAUGUGUGACUACAGUGAUGGUGGCAACGUCCUGAACUGGCAGGCUCUGACAUAUGAGGAAAAUGGCUACGUCGUGACUAAACCCAGUCUGUGGAAUUGAGCUUUGUGCUCUUCUGUCAUGAUUUAUGUUUAGUGAUAAUCACAUUCGCUUUGAAAUUAAAUACAUUAAUUUUUUUCUGGCUCUGUUAAGAUGGUAUAAACUACACUAAAUAAAAACAAGGGAUAAGCAA